GAAAUCAUCAAGUUGUCAGAUGACUCUCGCUCUCUUCCAUUGUGAGUGUCUAUGAUGAAAUUGUGAUCUCUCCUAAUUUGAUCAAGCGACCGCAAUCAAGGUUUUCCAAGGAAAUUUGGUAAAUAAACUCUUGUUUGGUUGGUUAAUUUUACCUGCUUUACUCUUAGCAUCCGGUUCGGAUCGUUCUUGAUAUCCGUCAUUUAGAUUCAAGUCAACUUUAUAUUCACACUAUCAUCUUGUUUGAAAAGAUCUACGUAUGUAGUCCAUUCUCAUGUAAUUUUCGGCUCCGAUUUCAGGAGGCUAGAGAUGCAUUUCCGUAUAAUUAGGACACUUUGUCGGUAAUAUAUACGAAGACUUACUUUCUUCUUUCUUUCCGUUUGUUUAUUUUCAUACUUCAACUCCAAACCUAACAGCAAGCAUAUCCACUACCGUGAUCAAUACACAUGAAGGCCCUUUGCCAAUUGCUCGUAAUAGGGGCAUGUGCCCCGAACCUUGUCUUUUCUGCGGCCGCAGGUGAAAAGCUCGACAUUACAGAUGGAACUGCCCCAGCCCUUGCCAUUUCGACCGUCGCUGACGAUAGAGUUGGCAUCGCAAAGAGAGGUGAAGAAUGGACCCCUAGUGAACUAGUGGUAAUUGCAAACAAUGGAUGUUUCAAAAUGAUUGAAGAGAACAUGGACAAGAUUCCAGACUGGGUUCAGAAAUACAAAGAUUGGGAAGUUUUGGCAUUGCAGAACACUGCAACUGGAAAGAGUCUUUCGGCUCGAUACGGAGAAGAGAAGCUCGGCAUGCCUCACUGGUUUUGCGAUCCUGACAAUGGCUGCUCUUCAUUGCCAAGCCCUCUGAAGAUUCUACAAUUUGUGGAUGCCACCAAUCCGGAUAUGCCCAAAGAUUUGAGGGUCAAAGAAGCUCAGGGGAGGUACUGGACCGCCAUGAGCUACUACAUGGUCUUCCGUACUGGAACUCACACACUAAACGCGCUCAAACGUGCUCAGGAUUUUGUGCUGCCAAGAAUCGAUACUAUCAUCGGGGACUUCACCAAGAAAGGCAACAAUGAGGCAAUUCUCAAAUGCAAGAUCAAAACAUUUUUUAUUGAUAUGAUAUAUCAAUUCUCGACCAAAUUCCUGCGAAUGAACUUGGAUAAACUAGUCAAACUUGAAGGUGCCGGUGGAGGACCGUGGACAUCGUUCAACAAGAUUGAUCCGUUUCAAUAUGGCACUCUCAUGAAAAAGAUCCUGGAUUUUACAUUGCCAAUGGAGCAUGAUUACAAGUAUAAAAAGUUUGGAAUGGGUAACGAAGGAGAAAGUUCUAUCGACUUUUUGCGCCUCACAAGUAUGACUUACACGAGCGACCUUUACUGCGGCCACAUUGACGGCCAGGCUGCUGAUGGAAGUGAUAUGGGAUCUCGUAUAGCAGACUCUAGAUACCACAUGAGUGCAAUCAUGGAGCAAUAUAUCGAAAACAUCAGUGCCGUUUUCAGAGCGCUCAACGGAUUUGGGAAAUCUAAUUUUGAUCAAAAGAUGAGCGAUUGGAUGUUCAAUGCCAAUUAUGAGGAGAUUGUUCACCGACUUGAUCGCGUUGACAUUUCCGACGAAGCUAAAAAAUUCAGUCACACACUCUCAGGCUACUUUAUUUCUGCGGGUUGGGCUAGCAACAAAUGUUACAUGAAGUGCCAGCCCAACUUGUUUCGACCAAAUGUUCAGAAAAGAUGCUACGAUGCAAAGUUCGCCGUAGAUAGGUUCUGUCCUGACGACUCGCCUGAUACAUUAUGCCAAGUCAAUUGUUACACUAUGCUGGAUGCUGGCAAUCAUGAGAAAAGACUGAUCGGCAUCGAUGAGCUCAGCAAGCAUGGCUUUGAUAUCGAAAAUGUUAAAAAAGACUCUUGGGAACACUACAGAGAACUUAAAAGGCUCAAAAAACCUCAGAUGGAUUUUGUCAAUGGUAAGGAAUUUACAUUCGGCGGAGAAAAGAAAUCAGCCCUCAUUCUCUCUGUAUCUGUUUCCAACGCCAACAAAAUUGCCGAUAAGCCCCUCAGAUCCAUCAACUUUCCAUGUUUCAGCGGCCAGGACUAUAGAGGUCUCGAUACUGAACAGCACAUGAUUAAUAUGGGUAUGGGAUUUGGUUCCACUGAUUGGGGAGGAGGAAAGAAAGGAAAUGCUCGUGCUUGGGAGAUGUUUCAACAGCAAUGUCCAGAACAAACCCGCAAAAUGCAACCUCUUACUCGCUAUCUCAACAUAGUCUGUGGACAACGUCUCAAGUGGCCCGAAAGAACCGCCAGAGACGGACUCGUACACCGUCGUGUCAUGCAACCGGAUAUCGAAGGCAAAAACUUCGAAACGUGCAGAACACUCCGUGAAAAGACCGAAGACAUGGACGAAGAGACGGCAAACCAUCUCUUCUGCAACGGCUACUGGCCCGAAUCUGAAAAGAUUUUCAGCAAUGAGAAACCUUGGAUUUACACAGACUGGAACGCUCGCUGGCAUCGUGGUUCUGGACUCAAAUCCAUGUUUAGCCAUAAACUCAGAUGUGUGAUUCAUCGAAGGACCCAUCGAAAGUUCCGCCCCGAUCAGAAGUGGCUUGAUAUGAAUUGGACUACUGAUCUCUCAAAGGUGGUUGGCGAUGGAAAUAAUCUCAAUGGUACUGUGUUGGAGCUGGAUCCUGAGGAGGCUCACGCGGCGGAAGAUCUACCUGACGAUGCGGAAGAUAUCGAUCCGGAGGCGACGGAGAGGUUAAGACACAUCAUUUCUGAGUUGAGUAAGGAAAUAAUGAAGAGCAAGUCGAAGGAGACAAAUUGAUAGAGAGUGAGACAGGAAUGGGGAAGGGGAAGAGAAUCUUAAUGUGUAAUCUGGGGGAGAGAAACAGUUGAGAAAUUCUCACUGCUCCGAGCUGAUGUUGAAGUGGCUCGUGCUGUAUGUAGCUGCUGCAGUAAAUCAGUAAGAUGAGGACUGAAUUGAACCCAUGUACACCAAAUUAUAUUAAUAUGAGUGAGUAUGGUUGGGAGUGGUUAUGUCUGAUGAAGCA